CUCUCAUCCAUCACCUUCCCUUACCCCCCGCCCUCUUAUUACUUCACAUUCAUUCACUCACUCACUCACUCACUCACUCACUGCGUCCUUCUCUUAUCUGCAACGAUUAGAAAUACACGUUGUGCCCCUCUCUCUUCCCCGCGACCACCACUCUCCCGCAAGCCCUAACGCACAGUACCGCAUCUCUAGAAGGAAGAUCUACAUUACAACGAAGUCAAAUCUACUUUCCGAAGCUUCCAUUCAUUUUUGAAUAACCCGCUACCAUGGCCCACCAUCAACAUUUCCACACUCGGGCGGAGAAGGAAUCUCAAGGAUUAUGGAGCUUAUCCCAGCAGAUCAACGCAGCCACACGUGAGGGACAUGAUAGGGUUAAUGUUAUGAUCAUGAAUAGACUUUCUUUAGGUCUUAGAGACUACAAGCUCUACCGUGAGGGCAUCUUCUCAUUCUGCCAAGUCUACCGGGCUUUUGAAGACGCCUGGAUGGCCGCAAUCUCGUCCGAAGCUACCACUGAUCCCAGAAUCAAGACCGCGUUGCAGAAUCUCUACUCGCUGCCUCUGUUGCGGGCACCCCAGCUGUUCAAGGACCUGGAAUACUUUUCCGACCAGGAAACCCACCAUAUGGCCCUGCUCAAGUGGCCCGUCCGCGCGGAGUACGUUUCGCACAUCAAGCGAGUCCUCUCCCAGAAACCGCACUUGGUGAUUGCUUAUACGCAUAAUUACUAUAUGGCUUUGUUUGCCGGUGGCAAAAUACUUAAGCACCAGAUUUCUCAAGCUAGGGGUUUUUUCCCUGGACGGGGAAAUAUGACUGCGGAGGAGUGUAAAGCUGCUGGGAUGAACCUGUUUAGUUUUGAGGUUCCCAAGGGGAAGGAGGACUCAUUGAGAUCAGGGUUUAAGGGUGCUCUGGAAGAUAUUCAAUCAACCUUGACGGACGAGGAGAGAACCGAAAUAAUCGAAGAAUCCAAAGUAAUUUUCAAAAACAACGAGCUGCUCAUCCUUGAGCUUGAUCACAUUUGCGCAGCUAUGACUCCUUCCCCAAGAAGCACGGGAAUACUCACUCUUCGUGAGAAUAGGGUGACGGCAUUUAUUUGGGCCUAUAAACUUGAGAUAUUGUUUGUAAUGGUUUUUUGCUAUGCCGCUGUCAAGUUGUUUUUCUUUUAGGUUACGUGCCUACCACUGUAUCAUUACCCAUGGCUUGGUUGGGCGUUUGGGUUUCUUUUGGAAUUCGGAUAACUGGGUUGGAUGGGGUUGGAUGCUAGGGAUGGUACAAGUACUUGUGGACUGGGUGUUUAUUCUUGGAACCAUCCUAUAUGCGCGGUGCUGGAGGGUUGUCGGGGCGUUGCGAUGGGGAAGGGGUCAAGUACCGUAUCGUAGUCACAGAUACAGAUAAGUUAGCCUAGUAUGAUACCACUCGUUCCG